CUGAGUGUCGCUGUUCACCAAUGAGGGGAAAAAAGACAACCAGGAAUUUAACCCGAACCACAAGAUUUCAGCAGUAUAAAGCACUGACUCUGGAGCUUUAUGACAUCUUCAGCCUGAGCUCCUGAAAGCUCUGAUAUCCAACGGUGAAGGCUGGUUAUCUUGGAUUCUGAAGAUCCUAGGGCUCCUCGGACCUCCCCAGAGAGAAAACAGAAGCGCAGACUCUGUGGCGGGGCUGCAAUGGCGGCUCGUCUUCAUCGCCCACACUGCAGCUGGCUGGUCGGAAUCAGCGUUCUCCUGGGGUCUCUGUGGGAAAUCCGGACCGAACAGAUCCGCUACUCGGUGCCGGAGGAGCUGGACAAGGGCUCCUUCGUGGGCAAUAUCGCCAAGGACUUGGGACUGGAGCCCCGGGAGCUGGCGGAGCGCGGAGUCCGCAUCGUCUCCCGAGGUAGGACGCAGCUCUUUGAUCUGAACCCGCGAAGCGGCAGCUUGGUCACCGCGGGCAGGAUAGACCGGGAGGAGCUCUGUGACAGAUCUCCAAAGUGUGUGGCAAACCUGGAGAUUCUCCUAGAGGACAAAGUGAAGAUUUUUGGAGUAGAAGUGGAAAUCAUCGAUGUUAAUGAUAAUGCACCCAGCUUUGGGACGGAACAGAGAGAAAUAAAAGUCUCUGAAAGUGAAAAUCCUGGGACAAGAUUUCCUCUCCCUGAAGCUUUUGAUCUGGAUGUGGGGGUAAACUCCCUGCAGGGUUACCAACUCAGCACGAAUGGUCACUUCUCUCUUGACGUGCAAAGCGGAUCUGAUGGGAUUAAGUACCCCGAGCUGGUGCUGGAGCAGGCCCUGGAUCGGGAGGAAGAAGCAGCUCACCACCUGGUCCUCACUGCCUUCGAUGGAGGCCACCCGGUUCUCUCUGGCACCGCCAGGAUCCACAUAACACUUGUGGAUACCAAUGAUAAUGCUCCGGUAUUCACUCGUCCUGAGUACCACGUGAGUGUGCAGGAGAAUGUGCCAGUGGGCACCAGGCUACUCAACAUAAAAGCCACUGAUCCAGAUGAAGGAGCCAACGGAGAAGUGACAUAUUCUUUCCGGAAAGUAAGAGACAAAAUAUCCCAGCUAUUCCAUUUGGAUUCUCUGACUGGUGACAUCACAGUACUGGGCGAUCUAGAUUAUGAGGAUUCUGGAUUCUAUGACAUCGACGUAGAAGCACAUGACGGACCUGGUCUUCGAGCCAGAAGCAAGGUGCUGGUGACAGUUCUGGAUGUAAACGACAAUGCUCCAGAAGUCACAGUUACAUCUCUUUCCAACUCAAUCCAAGAAACUUCUUCCCCGGGUACAGUAAUUGCACUUUUCAAUGUGCAUGACAGUGACUCAGGAAAUAAUGGCCUUGUCAUGUGUUCAAUUCCGGAUGACAUACCAUUCACACUUGAAAAAACCUAUGGAAAUUAUCACCGGUUGUUGACACACAGAACUCUGGACAGGGAAGAAGUCUCAGAAUACAACAUCACAGUUACUGCCACUGACCAGGGAACUCCUCCUCUGUCUACAGAAACUCACAUCUUCUUGCAUGUGGUGGACAUCAAUGACAACCCCCCGACCUUCCCUCAUCCCUCCUACUCUGCCUACAUUCCUGAAAACAACCCCAGAGGAGCCUCCAUCUUAUCCCUGAGUGCCCAGGACCCUGACAGUGGUGACAAUGCCAGAGUCACUUACUCCUUGGCUGAGGACAGUUUCCAGGGUGCACCUCUAUCCUCUUAUGUCUCCAUUAACUCCAAUACUGGUGUCUUGUAUGCACUGCGCUCCUUCGAUUAUGAACAAUUUAGAGACCUGCAGCUGCUGGUGACAGCUAGCGACAGUGGGGACCCACCACUCAGCAGCAAUGUGUCCCUGAACCUGUUUGUGCUGGACCAGAAUGACAAUGUGCCUGAGAUCCUGUACCCCGCCCUCCCUACUGAUGGCUCUACUGGUGUGGAGUUGGCGCCCCGCUCUGCAGAGCCCGGAUACCUGGUGACCAAGGUGGUGGCGGUGGACAAAGACUCAGGCCAGAAUGCCUGGCUGUCCUACCGCCUGCUCAAGGCCAGUGAGCCAGGGCUGUUUAUGGUGGGGCUGCACACGGGGGAGGUGCGCACAGCGCGGGCCCUGCUGAGGCGGCUAAAGGAGAGCCUGGUGGUGGCCGUCCAGGACCAUGGCCAGCCCCCUCUCUCGGCCACUGUCACGCUCACUGUGGCCAUAGCUGACAGUAUUCCUGAUGUCCUGGCCGACUUGGGCAGCCUCAAGCCUUCAGCUGACCAGGAUGACUCAGGCCUUACCCUGUACCUGGUGGUGGCUAUUGCCACGGUCUCCUGCGUCUUCCUGGCCUUUGUCAUUGUGCUGCUGGCGCUCAGGCUGCGGCGCUGGCACUCAUCACGCCUGCUCCAGGCUGCAAGUGGCAGGUUGACAAGUGUGCCGGCCUCACACUUCGUGGGCGUGGACGGGGUGCGGGCUUUCCUGCAGACCUAUUCCCACGAGGUCUCCCUCACCGCGGACUCACGGAACCUGAUCUUCCCCCAGCCCAACUACGCGGACACGCUCAUCAGCCAGGAGAGCUGCGAGAAAAGCGAGCCUCUUCUUGUAACUCAGGAUUUACUUGAAACAAAAGGAGACCCUAAUCUUCUCCAGGUGAGUCAAUCUUAUAAUAGACCUUACCAGACUGAAAGACGCACAGAGCUGUGUAAAUGUCUCUAA